UGCAGUCGCCCUACGCCAGCACACCGCCAGCAGCGCCUUAUUAGCUGCCCUUCUCUUCGUGCCCCUCGUUGAUUCUACUCCACUUUGCCAGAACCGCAAUCCGCUGCCUGUCCGCGCCUGCUAUCCACAGCUAUACACAGCUGGCAGCGACGCCCGUUUCAGCAGCCCAGACGACGAGAGCCGCCUGCCAACCGCAUCUGCCCGAGCCCUCCAGACAGCCGCGCAGCCAGCCCACCACGCAUCUCUUGGCCUGUUGCUUGUCUUAAAGUCAAGCAAUCCUGCAUUGCGUGUGCUACCCGUCCCAGCCCUCUCCAAACACUGCUCCCUCGGUCGCAUCCCCAAAGGACGACAACACCGCAAUCAUGACGCAAGUCAUCGCAAAGUAUGCCGCCCGCAAGAUGCUGAACAGCAGUAUGGAAAAGUACAAGGACAAGGCCCCAGCCGAUGAAUAUGAUCCUUUCUAUGAGUACAUAGACCACCCCAGGAAGCCCGGCAAGAAGAAGAAGGUCAAGAAGCAGAUCCCUGCCUGGAUCCCCGAGCACGAUGCCAACAUCCUUGCCAAAGCCCGGAAAUCGGCCUACAGGCUCGACUGCUGUCUCUUCAACUUCCUCGGCGUCCGCUUUGGCUGGUCUUCCGUCAUUGGCUUUGUCCCCGUCGCUGGCGACGCUGCGGACUUCGCCCUUGCAGGGAAUCUCGUCAAGAACAUGAGCAAAGUCGACGGUGGCUUGCCGCGUGGUACUUUUUUGAUGAUGUUACUCAACAUACUCAUGGACUUUUUCGUUGGCCUUAUUCCCUUUGUCGGCGAUCUUAUCGACGCAGCCUUCCGCGCCAACUCCAAGAACGUACGCCUCCUGGAGGAGCAUCUCGACAAGAAGUACAAGCCCCAGGAACUCGUAGAUGACGACAGAAGACAGAAACGACACCCAAGACCCGCUACUGUCUAUGAGGACUUCUCUGAUGACGAGUACGAACGCACCGGCGUCAUCAGAGACGGCCGCGACGACCGCGAUGCAGUUCGACAGCCAGCCCGAGCACAUUCAGCUCGCCGUGACAGGAUUGCGGACGAAGAGAUGGGCUAUGACCGCAGUGACAGACGCGACGACCGGCCCAGCCGCAACAACACCAGGAGCAGUCGACGCUAACGCUUAGGUGCUGACAUCUACUCUCUUUUUCGCGCAAUAAGUUGCUGUUUUAUCGUUCUAUUCCUCUGUUUCUGCACGGUUGAUUUGCCACGGUCAAGAUGCCACUGCUAGACUUGCUCUUACGAAUGAAGCAUUCCAAGAUUUUAUAGUCCUCUUAUUGUUGUACAACUGCUGUAGUUCCAUGUUUGUUGCGUAACAGCACUGUCGGCUCUGUAAUACCGUAUUAAGAUUGUAAUAAUACACUGUAACUUCAUCGUUGCCCU